GGUUGUAUGCAUCAUACAGCAUUUUCAUUUAAGUGUGUAACAAGUUAAAAAUUUGUUUUUAUGUUAUAUUUUUUUAAUAAAAAUGCCUAAAGAACCGCCACAGCGUAUACAAACAAAAUAUGAUCGUUUAGAAUUUAUGCUUCUUGAACAAGCGUAUAUACCUAAAGAAUGUGAAAGUCAAGCAAACGACAUUUACAACGAAUUCGUGAAAUGGACUCAAAUAAAUUUACCUGAUCUAUCAUCUCAAAGUUCAAAAAAAGGGCGUAAACGAAAUAUUGAAGCAAUACUUGAAAAAAAUGAAGAAUGCGAAUCGCCAGUUGAUAGUAAUGCAUCCGAACCAGAAGAUACAAGAAGAAAGCAUUGUAAUGGAGAAAAUGAAAGUCAGUCAUCAACUGUUGUAAAUGGAAAUGAUGAAGGAAAGCGCUCGAAGAGAGCUGCAUCGAAAGCAGCUGAAAGUUUGAUAUCAAAACAAGUAAAUAUUAGUAUUGGACAAAAAAUGAGGAGACCCGAUAACUUUUCUAAAUUUGAAGUACAAAUUAAAAUGGAAAAACUCUCCUUGGGACCAUCAAAUGAUAAAGAAAAAUCACACGAAGAGAAAAAAGAUGAAUUUGCAGUUCCUAAAAACGUACCACGAAGUAGACCAAAAAAAUUGAUGAAAUAUGAUGAGCCAACCCCAAAUAAUGAUUUAUCAAAUGUCGUGAUAAAACAAGAAAAAGAAGAUAAGGGGCGUUCAACACGCAAACCUCGAACUAAAAAUGCAACGAAGAACAAGACACAACGUGAACGUUCUAAACAGCGAUCGUCAAAUCAAACUGAUGAUGAAGAUGAAGUACAAAUUGAAAUACCAAAAGGAGUCGUAGUCACAAUAAGCGAUAGUGAAGAGGAAAUGGAAACUAACGAUAAAAAUAAGCCUAAAAACAAGAAAAAGUCUAUUGUGGAUAAAUCUGUAAAUGAAACGUCUGAAAAAACCGAAUUGAAAAAUGCUAAUGAAACGGGAAAUGAAAAUUCGGUUUAUGAAGAUGCACAAGAUCAAGUAUCCGCUGCCGCUGCUGCACCGUCACCCUCUUUAGUUCAAGCAUGUUUUGUUCGUUUAGAAAACAUUGACGACCAAGAUGUUAAUUUAACGUAUGAUGUUAGAAACGAAUUAAAAGUAUCGAAACAUGAAAAUCAAAAUACGCCUGAUAUACAGCCACAAACAGCUAUGAAUAAUACGGUUAAUUUGAAUAAAGAGAUGCCCAUGAAUAAUACGAUUGUUUUGAAUAAAGACGCGCCUAUGAAUAAUACGAUUGUUUUGAAUAAAGAUGCGCCUAUGAAUAAUACGGUUGUUUUGCAUAAGGAAACGCCCGAUCGUCGUUUUGAAUCACCCUUGAAAUCGUUAAAUGAUAAUACAUUCAACGUAAAAGAUCAAGAUGCAAUGUUAAGAAAUAAAAAAGUAGAACAAGAUAAUGAUGAAGAAGAAUCAAAACCAGUCCAGCGAAUUACACGAACCAAGAAAAAAGCAAUAGAUGCGGCUGCCGCAGCAGCGGCACACACGGAAGGCAAAGAAAAUGUAUAUAAAAAGGGCGCUGAAUCUCAAAAUACAAAAACUGCAAAGCAUCAAACUCCAAAUGUUAAUCAAUAUGAUUCAUCAAAAUCUAAAUCGAAAUUAAAUAAUGUUGUAACGAAUAUGCAGAGUUUUAUACCAAAAUCAGGAAGUGCAAUUAAAUUAUUAAAAUCAGCAGAUCUUCGUGAAAAACGUGAAGAAGAUUCACGAAAAAAAUUAGAAAAAGAAGAAGAAGUACAAAAGAAGAAAGAAGCUAUGAUGCUUGCUAAAGUUGAAGAACAAAAGAAGAAACGUGAAGAAAAAGCAUUGCGAGCCCAACAAACACGUGAACAAAUCGAAAAAGAGAGACAGAUGAAAGUAGAAAAAGAAGAGCGUGAAAAACAAGAAAAAAUUAAACAAAUACAAGCGGAACGUGAAACAUACAAAAAGGAACUUGCACGUAAGCGUGCAUUAGCUGAAAAAAGAAUACAGGAGAAUGAGGAAAGAAGACGCGCAGAAGAUGUUGCUCGCCAACAACGGUUACAAACAGAGCAAGAAGAAGUCGAAAAAAGACUUGAAGCUCAACGUAAACGAGAUCAAGAAGAACUUGAGAAGAGACGAUUACAAGAGGAAUACGAACAAGCAAAAGCUAAAGCUAAAGCAAAAAAAUUAGCUGCGAAAUCCAAACAAUUAACAAAACCAAACAAAGCUGAAGAAGCCACUGUUGCAGCUAAAACUGAAACUGUUUUCGAUUUGGAUACAGAUGCUGAAACUGACGAUGAAGAGCAUCCUAGAGCACCCAUACCAGUAUGGAGUAAACAGCCAUAUCGCAUACUUGCUUUAGAAAAACAAUCCCAAAUUCCAACCAAAAUCAUUUCUGAUCUGUUUGGAUCAAAACCUACAUCCAUUGAUUUACGUGCUGUAUUUCCAAGUAUUAGUGAGAAUCGAUUACGGCGACAAUCUAGUGCUGUGUGGAAUACACCACCAAGAUAUUCUUUAAUGCCAAAAGACUAUUAAUAUAAUUUUAUCAUGACAUUUGUAUUAAUCGUGUCUUCUAUCAUAAUAUCAUGAUAACAAUAUUCCAUCAUGGUGUCCGAAUGUGCGUGAUCACGCUAUUGUGAUAGCAGACAUGUUUAGAUAGUUCUGGAACUCUUUUUAGUUUAGUUUCUAAUUUUUAGGAAGAGAAAGUAGAAAAUGGCUUUGAAAAAAUUGAAAAAAAAAAAAACACAAUUAUUUAUAUGGUAUCAAAAGUGUCGACAAUAUUAAAGGGUGCACAAACUAGAGGAGCAAAAUCGCAGGAAGUGAGAUAAAAGUGUUCUAUAAACUAGUUUUUUUGAUAGAAUAUAAUUACAUCAAGGCCUAACAUGUUAAAAAUUGUUUUUAAAAUUAUUAUAUUCUCUCUUGAUUUAUUGCGCCUCAUCUUUGUGCACACGAGCAGAUUUCCUGCGUAUGUCCUUUUGUAUUUCUGUUAUUUUCAGAUAAAAAUAAUAUUUUAUCAUAACAGCCGCAUACCAAGUUACGUGUUUCUUUCAGUUUUUUCUCUACUAAAAAAUUAUCCAGUGUAAAUGGGAUCAAAUUUAAACUUUCGAAAAAAGCCCGCAUUUGGAAGUCGUCAAAUUCUAUAUUAUUGUUUCGGAACUA